AUGCUGCUUUCUUUUGCCAAAGCUCUCCCAAUGUGGAGAGCAAGCUUCGCUUCUUUGGGAAGCAAAACGCUGGGGAUGCGCGGUCUAAGCUUGUUGAGUGAUCUCAAUAAUCGUCCUAAUGUAAAAAACAGCAAACGCGUAGGACGUGGACCUGCUAGUGGGAAAGGUAAAACAAGUGCUCGCGGACAUAAAGGAUCUGGUCAGAGACGCGGUAGAAGAAUCAAACCUGGUUUCGAGGGUGGUCAGACCCCGAUUACCAAGUUGUUCCCUAAAAUUGGAAGAAGUACGAGUGAAAUCAAAGACUACGUGCCAUUAGGUCUUGGCCGGGUUCACGCAUGGAUUAAGAGCGGUAGAUUGGAUAGCAGCAAACCAAUUAUGAUGAAGGAGCUUUUAGACUGUCGAUGCUGUCGAGGUAUCAAGGAUGGCGUUGAAUUGGUAGCAGACGGUAAGGCUGAAGAAUUGAACGUCCCAAUUCAUAUCGAAGUUACAAAGGCUACUAAAGAAGCUAUUGAUUUCGUAGAAAAGGCAGGAGGUUCCGUGAAAACAGUGUACUUCAAUUCUUUAGGACUUCGCGCCCAUCUACAUCCUGAGCGUUUCCGCACGCUUCCUCGCCAAUCGCUUCCAUCAUCCAAAAAAGAUAUUUUAUAUUAUACCAAUCCAGAAAACCGCGGGUACUUAUCAGAUGUCAAUUUGCGAGAACACUAUUAUGGUGAUCAACGAUUUCCCUAUGAAGCUUCAGCGGAUGAAAAGGCAGAAUAG